AUGUUUGCUGCUGCUACCAAAAACUUUGUUAAGCAGGUUGGUGACAGUGGGAGAUUAGUCCCUGUUCCUAGCCUCAGUGAAGCUGACAAAUACCAACCUCUGAGUCUUGUUAUUAAGAAGAGAAAAUGUUUUCUUUCAAAAAAAUCUAAAUUUGCUUCGACACCUUUCACCCUAAAAGACAUUCUUCACGGAGAGAAAGAAAUUUCAACUGGUGUUUCAUCCUAUCAGCUGUUGAAUUAUGAAGACAAAUCAGAUGUUUCACUCUAUGGUAGACGAGGAAAUCAGAUAAUGAGUGAUGUUGGGGUCAAUAUUGCUGGAUCAGAUUCUGUUGCAGUAAAAGCUUCAUUUGGUAUAGUGACCAAACAUGAGGUUGAAGUACCAACAUUACUUAAAGAACUUACUACUAGAAAAAUUAACUUUGAUCACUGCCUAGUCCGACAAUCAAGAGAAAGUAGGAAAGCGGUUCUGUGUGUGGUCAUGGAAAGUAUUAGAACAACACGGCAAUGCUCAUUAUCUGUGCAUGCUGGUAUGCGUGGGGAAACAAUGAGGUUUCAUAUUAUUGAGGACCAAAAUCACAAGGGACGAGACAAAGCUAUUGUUUUUCCAGCUCACACAACUAUUGCAUUUAGUGUAUUUGAACUUUAUAUUCACUUGGAUGGUAAUUUUGAGUUCUGUGUCACUCCAGUUUCAAAAGGAGGAUUUGAAAAAGAGCAAUCUGGAUCAUUUUCACUGAACAAAUUAAGGAGGAAUCUGUUCCACCGAAAUAAAAGGGUAAUGGAUAUCAUUGCUAAUUCAGAUGCUUACUUGGAGGACAUUUUUACAGACUAUUAUGAAAAAGCUGCAAGCAUGACUGAUAUCUUUUCAAGCUAUCUCAGAGAAGGGUCUCAUAUCCGGGUUAAUUUACUUAAUAACAACAUCCCAAAAGGUCCUUGUGCCCUUUGUGGAAUGGGAAAUUCUAAAAGAGAGACAGUCUAUGGAUGCCUAGAGUGUUCUUUUAAUGGACAAAAGUAUGUACGACUGCAUGCUGUGCCGUGCUUUGAUGUCUGGCACAGGAGAGUGAGAUAAAUGAUCUAUGAGUGUGACUAUUGUUAUAGACUUCAGUGUAACUGUGCCACAAAAUUUCCAAAAUUGUUGAAUAUUGAGUUAAGUUCAACAGACAUUAAAAGUGCAAAAUAUUUGGUUAUGCUAUUUCCUUUUUUAUUGUAAAGUGAUACUUUUAUUUUACAAUAAAGGUAAUUAUAUUAUCUAGUUCAGAAAUGCCCCAGAUACAGUCUCUUCAAAAAAAAUUGCUACUUUUCUUCUUUGUGGCACUUUCUCAUUUUUAUCAUUCAUGGUAAGUAAUAUAUACAUGUUGAAAUUAAAUUCCAGAGUAGCAAUCAGAAUAUAGUUUGGAAUUUACUAUAAAAGCUGCUUAUGACAGACCAAAUGUGCAGGAUGUUAUCUAUAGCCUUAACUACACCAGAGUAUGAUGGCAAAAUGAGAAAAAUGUGUUAAUAAUUUAGUGCUAUCAUGAAUGUUUAAUUGAAGUGUCAGAUUAAAAGCACAUUUAAAAACUAGCUCAGUUUAAGGUUUCAUUUACAAGAGGGAAGAGUUAAAAGGAUUGCAAUUGGCGAUUAUGGAUACCA